ACUUCUCUACGAUUGUCAAUUCUCUAUGUUACUAGUUAUUGAGUUAGCUAUAUAGUAAAAUGGUUUAUACGUUUACAUGAAAGCACUCGGAAUUAACUUUGUACGUUCUGAAGUUCCACAUAUGGUGUCAAAUCAAACUGGAUAGCGAUGGCAUCUUUAGUGGAAAUUAUAAUUGCGGUUUGCAUUGUGAGUAAACUCACAGGGAGUUUGACACUAACAUUUGGCUUACACAUGUUGGGUAGUACUACCUCAAAUGUAUGCUUGAAUGCAGACGAUUAUUUUUCUCGGCAAUUUUUGAACCUCAGAAAUGACGAGAUUAGCUAUACUAUCAGCAUUAAAGAUAGUGAAAAUGAGAAUAGUCAAUGUUUUCGCAGUCGUCGUCUGCUUCGAGAAUACAAACCUGCGGACGUUGCCCGUUGUUUUGACUCUUUAUCCGUUAAAAGAAACAGGCGGCCAAUGCAUUUCGCUUUUAUAGGUGACUCAACUAUCCGACAACAAUUCAACCUGUUCCUUCGGUUGAUUCCGGAUUAUGACAGAAAAGUUUCACGAGUUUCUAAUUUGUGGGUCCCUUACUUAGAAGAACACCACGCAGAUUGCAAUGUGACAAGUCACCUUUUAGACAAUCUGAAAGUUUCUUUUUAUUGGCGCAAUAUCAUUCAAACCAAUUUAAUUGACGAUUUCAUGAGAUGGGCAAGCGCUGACGACAAAAGCAAAGUACCAGACUUUAUUCUUCUUGUUUUUGCAAUUCUAACUCAUAAGAGAUCAGCUGAGCCAACAGACCUGAUAGCCAGACAGCUCCACUCUCCCCUACUGUUUAGAGUAACAGCUCAUCACAUUGAUCAAAAAAAUUACAACACUACAAUCAUAAACAGUUUUCAAACGUAUCAGAAAUUGUUAGAUACUUACCUUGUACCUCUCAUCAAUCAGUCAUUGAACAUUAACCCUCAUCAGGAAAUUAUCUGGUUGAGACAGAGUGCAACAACUAUGGGCCAAUUUAACCGUGGCUUUUAUCCAGAAACCGUAAAAAUGUUCAAUAACGCAGUUCAUCAAUCGUUUAAGGAUACGCGAGUUAUUAUUUGGGACGGAAUCAACGCUGUUGUCGAAGAGUACCUUCGCGCAUGUGCCCUAUCUAGAGAAGAACGUCAAAAUGAUUCUGAAAAAGUUGACAAUAGGUACAUCAACUGCCAAGACUUUAUUCACCCAGGAUUGUCUGCAUUAUCCAUUGGCACUCAAUUUAUGAUUAAUCAUAUCUGCGAAAGAGGGUUCAAUAUUUAAUUAAAAUAUCGUACAUUGCAGGAUCAAUACAUUAGCAAUCUCAUCUUCGUGUAUAGUUAUGAAGUCGAUUUAUAAUGUUUCGUGAAAAUGCACAGUAUUUAUGCAUUUUAAAAUACCAUUUUCGUGAAUUUGUAACCAUGGAAAUAAAUUCUGCGCAUGUUAGAAAAUGCCUGAAGUUCCGAAAUUUCGUGAUUAGUUAUUAAAAUUGAAGUACAUGUC